CGGUCACCUUUUAAAAUAAUAGUAAUCGAUAUUGAUAAGUUAUUAUGUGUAAAACUCAAGUGCUUGGCGAAUAAAUGAAUUUGUUAAUAAAUAAUUAGUCUAUAAUUAAAAUAAACAUCUUCUUGAUCAAAACAAUUAGUGAAUUAAACAUAAAAUGGAUUUCAAUGUGAAGAAACUUAUGAAAGAAGGAGUUAGAACUGCAUUCAAUCGCGUUGUCCAGUUAACAGAAGAAACACUCGGGACAUCAGAAAAAACGGAGCUCGAUGCACACUUUGAGCAUUUAUCAGAACGUGCUAACACUACCAAGAUGUGGACCGAAAAAAUUCUACGCAAUAUGGAAGCUAUGUUAACACCAAAUCCUGGUAACAGAAUCGAAGAUUUCUUUUACGAAAAAAUUGACAAGAAGAAACCAAAUCGUUUGAGUAAUUUGGAGUACGUUGGUAUCGAUAUGAUUGAAGCGGGGAAUGAAUUCGGUUCUGGCGUAGCUUAUGGCAGUGCCUUAAUAAAAGUUGGCCAGUGCCAGCAGAAAUUGGGUCAAAUAGAGCGUGAUUUUAUUGGAACGGCGGCUAAUUGUUAUAUUCAACCACUAAGAAAAUUCCUUGAAGGAGAAAUGAAGACCGUCAGCAAAGAAAUGCAUAUUUUAGAAUCUAAAAGGCUUGACUUGGAUGCUUGUAAAAAUCGAGUGAGAAAAGCCAGAAGUAUGCUCGGACAACAGAGUGACUCUGGUGUAUCACCAGAAGUUUUACUUGAUCAGGCAGAGAGGGAGUUGAGAGUCGCGCAGUCAGAGUUCGAUAGACAAGCUGAGAUAACGAAAUUACUAUUAGAAGGAGUCGCAAGCUCGCAAGCUGGACAUUUACGCUGUCUCCAUGAGUUUGUGGAAGCUCAAGCCCGUCAUUAUGCUCAAUGUCAUGCAAUAAUGCAAGAGUUGCAACGUGACUUAGCUGGAACUAAUCAACAGAAUACAGAACCGGUAAAUAAUAGUGAUCAAGAAAAAGCCCGCGUUGUUUGUGAUUACGAACCACGAGAUCCAAGUGAGCUAAAUCUCAUGAAAGAUGAGGUAAUAUGUGUAACAUCUAUCCCAGGAGAUGAAGAUUAUGUUAUGGGAUACCGAGGCUUGCAACGUGGAAAAGUUCCUAAAGCAUAUCUUGAAAUAAUAUCAUUUAACAUGUUCAAUUAAUAUUUCAUAUUAUUAUCAUCAUUUUAAAAAGUUAAAACAUUCCUCUAGAAAUUAUUAAAACAAUAAACAAACUAAUAUGUUCAAUAAAUAACGUAAGGCCUAAAGUAUUAAAUAUAAAGCAGAUUCCAUCGCAAUAUAUUUUUGUCUCGUAAUAUAUUGUAAAUAAUAAUUACAGCUAAAUAUCUUCU